UGACCGAGCGGCGGCGGCUGUUGGCCGACCGACCUUGGCAGAAGGCCCGCCUCGGGCGGCGGCUGGCGUUACGAUCGCGGCGGCAAAGAGGCGCGGCAUCACGAGGAAGUUAUGCAGAAAGCAGAAGACCACGGUGGGGCACGACUGAGGAACACAGUGCCAGGGAACCGUGAUCAGAGGACACGCUCGGCAGUGCAGAUAAAACCCAGGGCUGUGGUCCAGCGAAGCAGAUCCUCAUUGCCAACCAGUUCUCCAGUGUCUGCAAGAAAAGUUCAUCCGCGACCAAGUGAUAAGCUUAACCCUAAAACCAUUAACCCGUUUGGGGAUCAGCCACGAGCCCCGUCUGCGUUUGCGGCCAUUUACUCUAAAGGAGGGAUUCCCUGCAGAUUGGUGCAUGGUUCAGUAAAGCACCGAUUACAGUGGGAAUGCCCUCCUGAAAAUCUGCCAUUCGAUCCUCUUCUUAUUACAUUAGCUGAGGGCCUGAGAGAGACUAAGCAUCCGUACACCUUUGUGUCCAAGGAGGGCUUCAGGGAGCUACUGCUGGUCCCCGGGGCUCUGGACAAAGCCGUGCCUUUGCUGCCCCGACUGGUGCCCGUGCUGAAGGCUGCUCUCGUCCAUUCCGAUGAUGGAGUCUUUGGAAGAGGCCUGGAGGCCCUGAUGCAGUUAAGUGUCGUAGUCGGUCCUUCUCUAAACGACCAUCUGAAGCACCUGCUUACAAGCACUGCCUUUAACUCCUCCAGCAACAGUGCCAACCAGGGAAGGUCACCCUCACGCUGCUGCUGGUGAAGAUUCCGCCACAGAUUAGCCGCCUGGCUGACUAAGGCUCAUCCCCUCUGAAGGUCAAGCUGAGAGCGCACAACCUGCGGCUCCCACAAUACGUCUCAGUAUUCAUAUUCACUCUGGGCUAUCUGCCUUGGCCCAAGUCUCCCUGGAAAAUGCCGGCACCCUUCCCGAUCUGGAUGGUCCCAGGGCAUAGCAGUUACUUCCUAGGAGCCAGAGCGAGACUGCAGAAAUCAAGUCUGACUCAGCGACCCUAUGGGACGGGUGGACCUGCCCCU